AGCGUGUGCUGUGCUGUGGUGCGUAGAAUCAUGGCUGCCUUUGCAGCUAACAAUAACAACCGAACCAUCAGGCAGCAAAAAUGCAGCGAGCAGCCGCCCGCACUGGACAGGGAGCUCAUUAAACCCUCCAUAACUGAACUGACCAAAGAAGUGCGCACCAACAUCCUCUGCACUGUGGAAGGAUGCGGGAAGAUCCUGCCCAACACUCCAGCACUCAACAUGCAUCUGGUCAAGUCUCACAGAGUCAAGGAGGGUCUGGUCAACCCUACAAUCAGGAAGAACAUAAAGGAUUCACAGAAGCUCUAUUGCUGCCCAAUAGAGGGAUGCCCAAGAGGACCAAACAGACCCUUUUCUCAAUUUUCACUUGUUAAACAGCACUUUAUGAAGAUGCAUGCUGAGAAGAAGCACAAAUGUUUAAAGUGCAGUAAUGGCUACAGCACAGAAUGGGACCUGCGGAGGCACGCUGAAGAUUGUGGGAGGACGUAUAGCUGUACAUGUGGUUGUCCUUAUGCCAGUAGAGCAGCACUGCUGUCUCAUAUCUACAGGAUGGGCCACGAGGUUCCCAAGGAGCACAGGUAUCCACCAGUGAAAAAGAGGAAAAUGGAAAGAUUGUCAAGCAGUGCAGCAAACGCUAUACCCAUCAAACAAACAUAUGAAACGGAGGGAAUGGUCCCUAUUGAGAAAGUCUCUCUAGCCCCAGACACAGCACAACACAUCACUAACCACCCUGGAAACAUCCAGAAGCUCCUGCUUCCCAAGCCCAAAAUGGCCCUAGUCAACUUCCCUGUCAUGCAGCUUGCCCAUCUGCCUGUUCUCCUCCCCUCCACAGAAAACAGUGCCUUGAGGUCCUUGGUCUUGGCCAUAGAUGCACAAGGGUCCGUAAGCACUGUGCACCUUUUACAACCGUCAGUUGUUGCGUUGGUGCCUGAUCUGAACGCUAAAACUGUGACUUUCAGAGAUACAUUCCCUGUACCUAGAUCAGGCCCAGAAACCAUUAGCACAGGAGUACAGGUCAAUCUUGACAAUCUUGACAAUCCAAUGAUCGAUAUUGUAUCCAGAAGCAAAAGCACUUCAACAAACAUUCAAACCAACAUCUCAUACCUCAACAGGGGUUCGGAUGCCUGUCCAGUGACUGUUCCCACCAACUGUGAGGCCUCAGUGUCUUCUUGCUCUCAGACAGACAUCAGUGUAAGCACUCAGAUUCAGCUGCCCAUCAGCGUGCAAACCCAGACCUUACCAUCACGAAUCAGAGCCACAUCUUCCUUUGGGGCACAGACAGAUUUGUUCAGUUUCUCGUCCUUAAAUGUUACUCGAGAAACACAGACAAGGUGUUCUGUGGUAGCCCCAGGGGAUAAAAGUCAGAUGGACCAAGCAAUGUGUACAGAUUUCUUCGAUACUGAUACACUCAGCGUCUCCACUCAGACUGCAAUGACUGAUGCGUCUUUCAGAAAUAGUAGUUUAGAAGAUCCCAUGACCAGCUCUGGAUCUGGCCUCUUCGAGGACAAGGCUGGGGCAUCCAUGUGCUUUGGGGCCCAGACUGACCUUUUACACCAAAACACAGUAGCAGACAACCAAACACAGACCAUGAUACUUUUCCGUGACCUGGAGAAAAUACUGUCAGACAGCAUGGCCGGGGCAGCUUCCAGCUGCACUUCAGGUUUAGUUCCAGUGCACGAACCACAUCACACUGGCAUCGACUUUGAUUUCGAGGAGUUCCUUAAUGCAACGCACAUUCAGACUCAAACGGAAGAAAGCAGCCUGAACGGCCUGAAUUCAGAGACUACAUUGGAACUCCUAGACAUCGAGACACAGACUGACUUCCUGCUCUUCGAUAACCUUGGUGAUGGACACAACAGCGACGUGGGAACGCGGGGGCAACCAAAUGAUCUUGAGCUCGAGAUGUUCGACACCCAGACGCAGACCGACCUCAACUUCCUGCUCGACACAAGCGGGCACAUGCCCCUCGGCAGUAUCCUCAGACAGUCUAGUUUCAGCAUGAGCACCGAGUCCUCCGACACGGAGACGCAGACUGACAUCAGACCUGCUCCGCUGCCUCUGCCCUGCACCCAUGAUUGUCAGGUCCGGCUCAGCAGUGCCGAAACCCAGACCAUCUCCAGUUCCUUUCACAGCCUAGGCCACCUCUUCCACACGAGCAAUGAGACCCAGACAGCGGUGGAUGACUUUCUAUCAGCGGAUUUGGCCUGGAACAUGGAGUCUCACUUUAGCUCUGUGGAAACCCAAACGUGUGAGGAGCUCAUUGCGCUAUUUCCACACGCUGAGAAACCCAAUAGCUGAGCGCUCCGUCAAGGUGGCAGUUGCUAAAAGGUGGCAGAGUUAAAACAUGGUCCUCAUCAUCUAGAGCACAUAGAUAAUGCCGCAUGCUCAUAAAAAUUUUGAAUCUCAGAUAUUAUUCCAUAAUAAGGUAAUGCUUAUCUGCCCAGAUUGAAAGGUAUUUAGAAGAUAGACAUUUAUAGCACUUUAUCACCUCAAUGUCAUUAUUUUACUGCUCUAGCUUUAUUUUCAUUUCAAUUAAUGAUCCUUAAAGUAUUUUGUUUGAUACAGUAGGUCAGGUUCGAGUCGCUCGUGGGCGUGUGCUGAAUACUGACGUUACUACAAUUUUGUGUGUGUGAAAUUCAAGAAGUCCGAUAGAGAUAAACAUUAAUAACAUAAUUUUAUUUAAAAGCCUUGUUUGGCAUACUUUCUAGUCUGCUGUUGUUUAAAUAACUGGAGUCUUUCUCCAUGUGUUUUUUUGUUUGCCUUGGACUGGUUGUUUGCUUUGUGGUAUAAAGCAGACUUAUAUGAUGUUUAUUAGUGCAAUGCUCUAGACCCUCCUAAUUCUUGUCACUGUGAGAAAAUCCUGGUUUAUGACCAAAUCCAUGCAGAUAUUUCUUGUAGACUGUUAUGGCAAAAUAACUUUAAAAAUUCUAUAUAUUAAACCAGUUGAACUGGCGUUUUAAAGCAAUAGUUCACCCAAAAAUGAUCAUAUUCUUAUACUCGUGCCAUCUCAAAAUCAUGAGACGUCCUUUAAAAAUAUCUUUGUUUGCAUUUGUGAAAGAAAAUCAUACAAGACUACAUGAGGGUGAGUAAAUUAUAAAUUAAUUGGCCUUUUUGGGUGAACUAUUCCUUUUAAGUUUUGCACACUUAUGCAUGUUUCAGUUGUUACAUUUCCUUUAAAAACCAGAGCUGAGGCAUUGCUUUUAUUUACCAUGAUUUACAUUCUGUACUGUGAGUGGUAGAUGAAAAUAUGCACCCCACAAAAGUUUACAGUGAAACAAAUAUUAAAUAUUUCUUUGAAAGCAUGUAUUAAUUUUCAUAUUAUAUGUAUUUAGCCACCUUUAGGUAUUUAAUUUCCAGUUUACGCAUAUAACGAUUUUUGUUGGUGCCUUCAGUAACAAGUAACCAUGCUUUUCUUGAAGUAUAAUUCCUGAUGCUGCUUAAUGGAGGAGUAGCAGAUUUGCUUUCCUUUUAUUGGUGUUUAUUUGUGUAUGCUUCUUUUGAAUGUUUCAUCUGUAUGUAUGUAUAAGUGAUAAGUGUGACAGCUCAUUCACUACUUAUUGGCCUUUCUGCACAAAAUAUAAAAGCCAACCAUAGCCUCAUUGUCAUUCAGUGUAUAUUAACCAUUAAUUGUAUGUUAUGCAGUGUUUUAGCUCACAUUUCUCUUCGUUUGUACUCUAGUACUCUAUAUAGUGGAAUUUCGACAACAAGUAGAAUGUAAGUGACACUGUGUCUUUUCACUGUACAAUAUUAAGUUGGCUGCUUCUCAGCAUUGUAACCGCUAAAGAAUUAUUAGUGUUUCCGUGCAUAACUCUAGGGACUCUCAUAUUCAACCACUACACAUUAAAAUGUAUUAUUUAGAUCUGAAAUUAGAUGAUGCAAAUGAAUACAGGAUCAUUAUAUUUAGGUAAUGAUGAUGUCAUCAUAGUAAAAGCAAUAGCUAUAGAAAACUUGAAAGAGUCCAGCUAAGCUCAAGUGUUUCUCUGUUAAGAAUACAUGCAGUUUUUUCAUGCCAAGAAUAUAUUUUCAGUUGCUUUUAUUUUGCCAUUAUAAACGUAUGUGUCUUAUGUAACUUGGUAUGAGACAUUAUUUAUAAUUAUGUAUAUUAUUAAUGCUAUAUAAUUCUGUAAAUUGUUUAGGGGCUGGCCGUGUGUAACUUUUGAACCUUUGUUAUGUUUAAUAUGCUGCUGAACCUCAAAAUAAUAAAAUUCAAA